AUGAAGCGCACCACUGUUUAUGACAGAAAUUUAAAAGCCAAGCGCGAGGUCUCUGUCAGCGCUUUCCACUUUCUUUUCUCAGAAAUCGUCCAGUACUGCUUAGCGAAAGCAAAUAGUGAUGCCCAAGAACUAGAGCGACAAUUAGAAGAGCUCGGCCAGCCCCUUGGAGCAAAAUUUUUAGAAUUAGUGUGCUUUAGGGACAGAAAUUCUAAAAAAGACAUAAAUAUAAUAGAGUGCUUAAGAUUCAUCCACGGACCGCUCUGGAAAACGCUUUUUAAUAAAAAUGCAGAUGAGCUUGAACAAAACACAGAAGAGCACGACACCUUCAUGAUAAGCGAAAAAGAGCCAAGCCUUUGCAACCAGUUUGCUUGCCUCCCAAAAGGCGACGACUAUUUGAACUGUGGAGCUUUUGUUGCUGGGAUUAUUGAAGGAAUUUUAGCUUCUGCCAAUUUCCCUGCCAAAGUUUCAGCUAUUUUUAAAAAUGAUGAGGAGUCGAGAAAAACUGUUUUUCUAGUGAAAUUUAAUAGUGAUACAAUAGAUGGGAAUUAUUAA